AUGCAAUAUUUCCUAAUAAAUAUUGCUAUUCUACUGGGCCGCUUCCUAUUUGUGACAAGCCAAAGUUAUUAUUCGGUAGUGUCCCCAGGUUACAUUAAAUCGAAUCGUAAUUAUACAGUGUUUGUUAACUUACAUCAAUCGUCAGAACCGGUUAAAAUUAAUGUGAUCAUCGAAGGACCCGCAUUUAGGCUGCAGAAGGAUAUGUUCCUGAAACCAUUCGAGAGUAAAGCCAUCACUUUUCUACCACCAAAAUUAUCCGAAGGUGAUCAUAAACUAAUCGUUGAAGGUUUGAGCGGCAUGCGAUUCCGCAAUGAGAGUGGUCUGAUCGCAUUUCCAGAUGCUGGUCCGAAAAUAUACAUACAGACCGAUAAGGCCGUAUAUAAACCGGGAGAUGUUGUGCAAUUUCGUGUUGUUUUACUGGAUGAACACACAAGACCUUUGCGGGUAUCCGAACCAAUACGUGUUGAUAUAAUGUCCUCACUGCAAUAUGAUGUUAGUCGUGUUCCAUUUUUAGCCUUGGUCUACCCGGGGCUAUUAUCCGGUGUUAUAACCAUGACAAAUGCCCAUUAUGAAUUCGUUCCAUUGUUAGAAACUUGGAUUUUUGAGAAUUACGAAAUCACCAAUGACACCACUCAGCUUACGCUACAGAUUCCGGACACAAUUACCACCUGGCGGAUCACAGCAUUUACGGUCAACGAAAAAACUGGCUUUGGAAUUGUUGAUGGACCAACAGACAUAACCAAGAACAAGUGGAUACCGAGUGUUGCCACCAUUUCAUUUUUUAUAAAUCCCCGGCAUAUUGGGGAGAUAACCCUAAAAAUCACAGCCACAAACCUACGCGCCAAUGAUGCAAUAAUACAAAAACUUCGUGUGGAACCGGAAGGAAUUCUCAAAGAAUUUAACACGGCUCAAUAUUGUAAUGUAACACCCAACGAGCCCAGGGAUCUAAUAAUACCUCUUACCAUUGACGAACAUAUAGUACCUGAGUCCGAAUUUAUAACCCUUUCCGUGGUGGGUGAUCAAAUGGUAUCGGUCUUAGAAAAUCUAAAUGAUUUGUUGAAUCUUCCCACGGGUUGUGGUGAACAAAAUAUGGCAAAGUUAGCUCCAAAUGUUUUGGUACUGCUGUAUCUGAAAUCGACGGGUGAAUAUCACCGACAAUCAAAACUGGUGGCCAAAGCAAAACAAUAUAUCGAAGUGGGUUACCAACAACAGCUGACAUAUCGCCAUAAGAAUGGUGGCUAUAGCUUGUUUGGCCAGCGUAAAGAUGCGGAGCCAAGUACCUGGUUGACGGCAUACACCACACGAUUUUUCAUCAAGUCCCAAAAAUAUAUCACGACCAUUGAGAAACAAGUCAUUGGAAAUGAUCUGGACUAUUUGGCCAAGACUCAGCGUGAUGAUGGCAGUUUCCCUUAUACGGGAUAUUUAAUUUAUCCGGCACAACAGAAUCGUUUCGGGCUUACGGCAUUUGUUUUGAUGACAUUUCUGGAAGAUUCGAAAUUUGGCCGUAAAUAUUCAGCAGUGAUUGAAAAGGGUCUACGAUUCUUGCAUGAUAAUGUGGAUAGGAUUAACGACGCCUAUGCUUUGUCCAUAGUAGCUGUUACCCUACAAAUGGCUGGAAAAUAUGACAAUUCGAAAAUUAUUUUGGAUAAACUGAUGAAGUACAAGAAGUCAGCCGAUGAUUCCAUAUGGUGGAGUCAAAGUGAUCGAAAUAGUGCUAAGGAUGUGGAAAUAACUGGAUAUGUAUUAAUGGCCCUCCUGACUACUGGCUACAGUGAGGAGGACUCUAAGAAAGCUUUUAAAUGGUUGGAAAAGCAACGAAAUUACAAGGGUGGAUUCAAAUCUAGUCAGGAUACUGUGGUGGGAUUGCAAGCCUUAGUCCAACAUUCCAUUAAAUAUAAGGUCAGCGGUAAUGUUAAUGUGCGGGUAAACUAUACAUCUUUCGGAGAGGACAAAGGGGUUGUGAAAGCUGGUGAAAUGAUUGUGGAUGAAAAUAAUAUCAAAGUUUUACAGACCAAGGAGUUACCCAAAUCCACACGAAAUAUGGAAAUUCGCGUAUCUGGCAUGGGCAAUAUUUUUCUUCAAUUCUACUAUCACUAUUACAUUGCGGACAGGGAUUCCUUUCAAUAUUUCCAAAUCGAACCGAAAGUGGAACUAUUAAAUCCCGGAGAAUUGUCAUUGGAAAUAUGUUUCAGUUUUAUUGGAGCGAAUGCGACCUCUACAAAUAUGGUGGUAAUGGAAGUAAAUCUACCGUCGGGAUUCAGUGCCGAUGAAAAAGAUAUCGAUGAUUUGUUAGAAAUGAAAAAUUCAGCAACCAAUGUUAUCGUCUAUACGAAUGGAAUAAUGGCCGCUGAAAUGAAUUGCUUCAAUAUGAUGGCAUAUAAACUUCACGAUUUACUAUUCGAUAGUAGCCCCUGA